GAGAACGGACCCGCCAUUCGCUCCCCUAAACCUCUCCCCCCCAUCCAUUUCCCAUUUUGCCCCUCCUCCGCCUCCGGUCUCGUCGGCGAUAUUCCGAUCACUCUACCGCUCCUACUCCGCAUUUUUCGUCUGUUUUUCGGGCAUUGGACCGCCGAUUUCAGUGAAUUCUUGUGGUUGAAGGUGUUUUUCUUGCUGGUCGAGACUCUACGUCGUCACCUCCAGAACCUUGGGUUUCAUCGCUAUGAAUUCAACGUGUUUUCGUUGAAUUCGAGACUUGGCUUAGUUUUUAUUUGCACUUCUUGAGCUGAAAACCCUUAUUCAACGUAAUUGCUACGAAAGCGAACGCUGACUUCAUACUGAUAUUCAAAACUGCAAUUCUUUAUCUCAUAAAGUGUAGUCUCACUCUCUUGAUUGUUCUCUUUACUGCUUUCUCCCUCGAAUUCGAAGAAUUCGCAAUUGUUUCGUCGGAUUCGAUGGCGGAUUCCGACAACGACUCCGGCGGUCAUAACAACAACGCGGGCAGCGAGCUUUCACCGCGAGAGCAGGACAGGUUCUUGCCGAUUGCAAACGUGAGCCGGAUUAUGAAGAAGGCCCUUCCGGCGAAUGCGAAGAUCUCCAAGGACGCGAAGGAGACAGUGCAGGAGUGCGUGUCGGAGUUCAUCAGCUUCAUCACCGGAGAAGCGUCCGACAAGUGCCAGAGAGAGAAGCGGAAGACGAUCAACGGCGACGACCUGCUCUGGGCGAUGACGACUCUAGGGUUCGAGGACUACGUGGAUCCGCUGAAGAUUUACCUUCACAGGUUUCGCGAGAUGGAAGGCGAGAAGACCUCCAUGGGACGCCAAGGGGAGAAGGAUGGUCCCAGCGCUGCUGGGGCCAAUGGCAGCGUCGUGAAUCCAGCGAACACCGGUAGUGGUGGUUUCGGGGAGACUGGGAUGUAUGGUGCUAUACCAUCAACGAUGAUGAUGAUGGGCCAUCAUCAGCAUCAGGGGCACGUGUACGGGUCCAGUGCAUACCAUCCGAUGGCAGCGGCCGGUGCCAAUUUCGGGUCGGGUAAGACCAAUUCGGGUCAUCCCGGGCCCGGACCCUCUGCGGGCAGACCGAGAUAGCUAUAAUUGUGGAUGAUGAGACGGAAGGUGGACGAAGAUUGUGACGGUAAAAAAUUUAAAAAAGACAUACUUUUUGAGUUUGAUUUUUCAUACUGUUAAUGAGCACCCUCAUAGUUUGUAUAAGCUGGUCAUUCUCACAGAGUCACAGUCAUGCAUUCAUCUGGGCUACGCUCAUCUUGCAUUAUAAAAAAUAGGCGUGCUCAAGUUAGUUUUUCUUUUAUAGGUUUUUUUAAUUUUUCUAUUUUUGGGGUGGUUGUUGCUUAAUCCAGGAUUGUAGAGCUUUUAUAUAUAGACUAUGAUUAGAUUUGGGGUAGGUGAUAGUUUUAUGUGUUGUAACUCCAAAAAAGAAGGGAAUUGUGUGUGAAGUGAGAUUGUGACAUGUAUAUCAUAUAUCAUAAUCCCUAAUGAAUGUUUCGCUUCUUCUGAUUUCA